AUGCCGCACCGGCCGCCGAGGGUCCGCUCCGGGAACAAGCCUCCUCCCGUGCCCGCCAUGGAGCCAGCUACGGACGGGCUUUGGGCCCACAGCCGUGCGGCGCUUGCCCGUCUGGAGAAGUUGUUGCGCUGCUCCCGCUGUGCGAAUAUUCUGAAGGAGCCCGUGUGCUUAGGAGGAUGCGAGCACAUCUUCUGUAGUGGUUGUAUAAGUGACUGUGUUGGAUCAGGAUGCCCAGUGUGUAAUACCCCAGCCUGGAUCCUAGACCUCAAGAUAAACAGACAGUUGGACAGCAUGAUCCAGCUUUAUAGUAAGCUUCAAAAUUUGCUACAUGACAAAGUUUCAGAUUCAAAAGAUGACACAUCUAGGGCAAGUUUAUUUGGUGAUGCAGAAAGGAAGAAGAAUUCAGUAAAAAUGUGGUUUAGUCCUCGAAGUAAGAAAAUUAGAUGUGUUGUGAAUAAAGUUUCAGUACAAACCCAGCCUCAAAAGGCAAAGGAUGACAAAGCCCAGGAAGCCUCAGUGUUUGAAUUUGUUUCCGCAACUCCCCCUGUAGUUGUUUCUAAGAGGGCUAAAACAGCUUCAAGAACAUCUGCAAAAAAGCAUCCCAAGAAAUCUGUAGCUAAGAUCAACCGGGAGGGGAAUUUCAGGCCAGAAACAAAGGAUAGUAGAUUUGAUUCCAAAGAAAAGCUGAAGGAAGAGAAGGUUGUCUCCUUUAGCCAAACACCAGUUAUGGAGAGUUCACGGGUAAAUGGCGAAAUAGACUUAUUAGCGAGUGGCUCUGUGGUAGAAUCCGAGUGUUCUGGAGGCUUUGCUGAAGUCUCUUUGCCAUUGGCUGAGCAUAUAGUGUCUCCAGAUACUGUGAGCAAGAGUGAGGAGACUCCAGAGAAGAAGGUCUGUGUAGAAGAUCGUCGUUCAGUAGGGAGUGAUGGAAAUCUCAAAGGCUGCCACAGGCCUCCCACUUCUACUUCUAAGAAAUGUGGGAGCAACGUUCCAAGCACCAGCGGAGAAAUCGGUGAGCCAACAUUGCUUGCAGAAAACGUAGUGUUGGUUGACUGUUCUUCACUGCCUUCAGGCCGACUUCAGGUUGAUGUCACCCUCAGGAGACAGAGUAACGCAUCAGAUGACUCUCUUAGCCUUUCUCCAGGCACACCCCCAUCUCUGCUGAACAAUUCCACUCACAGACAAAUGAUGUCAAAGCCCUCCACAGUGAAGCUGUCUUCUGGUAUUCCAGCCAGGAAAAGAAAUCACAGAGGAGAGACGUUACUUCACAUUGCUUCUAUAAAGGGUGAUAUAUCUUCUGUUGAAUACCUCUUGCAAAAUGGAAACGACCCAAAUGUUAAGGACCAUGCUGGAUGGACACCGUUGCAUGAAGCCUGCAGUCAUGGGCACCUGAAGAUAGUGGAACUGCUGCUCCAGCACAAUGCCUUGGUGAACACCACCGGCUAUCACAAUGACUCGCCACUGCACGAUGCCGCCAAGAAUGGCCACAUCGAUAUAGUCAAGGUGUUACUGUCCCACGGAGCUUCCAGGAACGCCGUUAACAUAUUUGGUGUGCGGCCGGUGGAUUAUACAGACAAUGAGAAUAUAAGAUCAUUAUUGCUGCUGCCAGAGAAGACUGAUUCAUUCUCAACUAGCCAGUGCUCUGUCGUGAACACCGGGCAGCGGAAGAGUGGGCCGCUGGUACUAAUAGGCAGUGGGCUUUCUUCCCAGCAGCAGAAACUGCUCAGCAAACUUGAGACAGUGCUGAAGGCUAAGAAGUGUGCUGAGUUUGACAGCACAGGGGUGAAAGCCUGUCUGGACAGCCAAGAACGUGAGCAGGAAGAAAAGUACGAAGUUCCUGGAGGUCCACAGAGGAGCAGGCUCAACAGAGAGCAGCUGCUGCCCAAACUGUUCGAUGGAUGCUACUUCUUUCUGGGGGGGAACUUCAAACAUCACCCAAAGGAAGACCUCCUGAAGCUCAUCGCUGCAGCAGGAGGCAGAGUCCUCAGCAGAAAGCCCAAGCCAGACAGUGACGUGACUCAGACCAUCAACACGGUUGCAUACCAUGCCAAGCCUGACUCUGAUCAGCGCUUCUGUACGCAGUACAUUGUCUACGAGGAUCUGUUUAACUGUCACCCAGAGAGGGUUCGGCAGGGCAAAGUCUGGAUGGCUCCUUCCACCUGGCUAAUCAGCUGUGUAAUGGCCUUUGAGUUGCUUCCUCUUGACAGCUGAAUGUCGUACCAGGUGAACAUUUUAAGUUGAAGACGCGCGGUUUGUGAGAACACGGCCAUUGUGAUGUUUGAUCACUCACGCUUUUAUGGAUAGGUAGAACCAUUCACAUCCCCCCUCCCUUUGAAUUGCAAAAUAAAAUAAUUGAUAAUA